ACGUUCGCGGACGCGACGGUUAUAGCAGUAAUCAGUAGUUUACUCAGGGUGACGCGCCGGCUAUAGCCGUAUUUUUUGCGCGCUCAAGUGGCAUAACGGCUUUAGCAGACGAUUUUCUAUACUGUUAUCCUAUAUUUCGAUAUUAAGUGCCCCCAAACUAAAAGUUUCAAAUCGCUAGGUGUCAUAUAACAUCACUUUUUACGCCGUCAAACGUGUCGCUACUUGUCGCUAUUUGUGUGCGCACGCACACUGACGCGUCGGUCAUAGCAGCGAGAAUUGUAUGGCGAUUGGUUCAGUCAGUUCAGUGUUGGCCGGCGAGUGCCCCGCGGAGCGGGAGUGUUGUGACGUUUUUCGCACGUGAUUUUUGUUGUGCCGCAACGAUGUCGAGACAAGGACUAAAUGGAAAUAAACGAAAAAAUGACCCAUGCGAAAAAGAAAAUGAACGAAUUAUGAAAUUAUUCAAUGAUGUGGACACAGAUGAGUUGUCUGCUGAUUCAGAAAAACCCGAAACUUCAAGCGAUAGCGAAUCAUUGUCAAGUGAGUCGGAACAGGAUCCCUAUAAGGAUUGUGAUGGUUCAGACACGACUUACAUACCCAAUGAAGACAGCUUAUCGUCCACAACUCACAUAUCUGACUCGGAAGAGGAUAAUGGUAAGCUAAAUUUAAUACCUAAGUCGAAACACAAUAAGGUGUUUUCUAUAGAUACUCCACAUACCUUAGAAGGUGAGAGCGUCCAUGUUCAACAACAACAAGUGCCUUUAGUCGAUUCCCCAAUAACGUUAAAAGAACUGGGAAUUCAUGUUCGUGUUCCUGCUUCAGUUGAGUCAGCAGAUUCAAUGGCUGUAUCGCCCCCAGUCAAUAUGGAAAAUGUAGAUAAGGCAAUCCAGUCACUAGACAUUAUUAACAUGUGUUCGUUUAAUUCCGAUACCACACCACCCAGAUCAAUGGAAUCACAAACGCUCAUACAAGAGAUUGACUGGCUGGACAGUGAAGGUUCAGUAUCUUAUCCAAAUACCGAUGCUACAGAACAAGUUCCAAGAUCGCAAGUGGUUGACAAUCAGCAGCAACCUAUGACACCUCUAGAUUAUCAGCAGCCUAGUACAUCUUCUUUUUUAAACGUACCUAGUGUAUCUCAUCAUCGUCCUAGGUCACCACGUAUCACAGACGAAGAAUGGCAAACAUCCACUGCUCCUAUACCAGAGUUUGAAUUUAACGACGGCUCUGUUGGACCUCAGUUCUAUGUUGAUGCGAAUACGUCGCCAAUUGAAAUAUUUAAUCGUUUUUUCCCUCUGUCUACAAUAGAGCAACUUGUUGAACGCACUAACAAGUACGGGGCUGCAUUAUGCAAUAUGAAUAGACCACACACAAGACACAGCCGAAAAAGAACUUUUAAUCCUACUUCCAUUGGAGAAAUGAAGCGAUUUCUGGGCUUAUGUAUUUUACAGUCUCAUGUCGAAACACCAAAUAUUCGAAAACUAUUCACAUUCAGUGAUCCAUUAUAUUACCAUCCCAUAUUCAAUCACUGUAUGUCAGGAAGACGAUUUGAACAGUUGUUGAGAUGCUUGUGUGUUUACGAAGGGAAUGCUAAAGGCAUAAACAAGGUCUUAGACUUCGCUAAUCACAUGAUUACUAUUUUUCAGAGUUUAUACAAGCCACAUAAACAGCUUUCUCUAGAUGAAUCUAUGUUAUUAUUUCGCGGUCGAUUGUCUUUCAGACAGUAUAUUAAAUCAAAGAAAGCAAAAUAUGGAGUAAAAUUUUACAUACUAACAUCUAGUGAUGGCUACAUUUUAAAUUUUAAAAUUUACCAGGGUAAAACUGAAACUAGUAUUGACAUAGACACUGAAACUAGUUCAAAAUCAAAGACUGAAAAGCUUGUUUUGAAUCUGAUGCAGCCUUAUUUAUACCUGGGUCACGAGCUUUAUAUGGACAAUUAUUAUAAUAGCGUGGCCUUAUCCGACAAACUUUUAAGUUGCAUGACGCAUACUACAGGCACUUUAAGGAAAGAUAGAAAAGACAAUCCAAAAGAUGUUAUUCGCAAAGUACUUAAGAAAGGUGAGCAUGUAUGGACCAGGAAAGGAAAGGUGUACGUUUCAGCUUGGAAAGACAAACGAAUUGUGACCAUGAUCACAACACAACACCACCCACGCAUGGUCACAACACGGAACAGAUUUGGCAAGCAAAUAACCAAGCCAAAGGAGGUCGAAAUGUACAAUAAAUAUAUGUCUGGGAUAGACCUUUCAGAUCAGAUGUUGGCCUACUAUUCAACCCCGAAAAAGACAGUGAGGUGGUACAAAAAAGUAUUUUUCCAUAUUUUUGACAUGGGCAUAUGGAAUGCCUAUUAUAUAUUCCGUAAACAUUGCAACGAAAAAGAAACUAUGUUGGGCUUCAGAGAACAUAUCAUUAGAUAUUUAUUAGGAUUUGACAACUUGACUUGCUCCAACAUUAUUUCUUCUAGAAAGCCAACAAACCCGAGAACUUCAAAUAAUUCAGGAAUGACUCUACCAAAUAGUAAUCAGGGCAGUUCCCAAGAAGGCGCGUCUUCGCAACUGUUAAACACACACUGGCCUGAACCGAUACCAAAAACAGAAAACUGCAAACGUAACAAAGCUUUUUUAAAAUGCCGCCUAUGUGCAAAAAAUAAAAUUAAAAAGGAAACAAGUUAUCGGUGCAAAGGAUGCACCAGUAAACCACCUUUAUGUCCUGGAUGUUUUGAGCAAUGGCAUUGCCAAGCAAUAUUGACUGAUUUAUUAUAGUAUAGAUUAUAAUAUUUAGGUAACGAUUUUUAUUAUAUUUAUAUUUUAUUAAUGCUAUUGUGCUGUGACUAAAAAUUUAAUUAUAAUUCUUGGCAAUGCAGAGUAUAAAGUUAAUUUAGUCUGAUUAGAUUUAAGUCUGACAUAAAGUUAUUUUUUUUAUUGAUGAUACUAUUUGAUUACCGACAGUACUGUGAUUAACUUAAGUCUGAUCUAGUUUUUAUUCUAGAUAUAAUAAUUAAAAUAAGGAGAAAUGUUAUGUUCUGGUUAGAAGUAUGUUCAUUUAUUUUUUGUUAUAUUAUUUUGUCUCAAGAACGAGCUAUCACAAAAGUAAAAUAAUAAAAUGUGUUGAAAUAGGUAGGUAUACAACUUGUUUUAAACAAGAUGUCUAUAUACUGUGAUUUAAUUAAAAUAAUUAAGAAAAAUUUAAGAUUUUUUGUUAUGUUUAAACACACACCUUCAACACUUUGUUGUUGGCGCUAUGUAUGCUUCCUUACCAUAAAAAUAAAUAAUUUAAUUAGUGUAAUAUUGUCUUUUCGUUGUGACUUUCCCAGACCCAACCAAACCAAUAUAAGUAUUCACCAGUAACACAUCAGCUACAGCAGGUGAAGGCCGUAGCCGCUGCGUCCUUUUAAUUUAGUAUAAAUACGUUUCCGCAGUGACACAGCGGUUAUAGCAGCCGAAGGCUACAACCGUUGUGUCCUAUUUGUAUAGUAAUAUCUAUACACCAGUGACAGCCCUGCUAUAGCAGUCGAAUGCUAUAACCGGCGCGUCCUAUCUAUGUACUAAAAACUAUUAACCAUUGACAUCGCUGCUAUAGCAGGCGAAUGCUAUAGCCGGUGUGUCCUGUCUAUGUAGUACAAACUUCUCGUCCCCGACACCUCUGUUAUAGCAGUCCAAUGCUAUAGCCGGUGCGUCCUGUCUAUGUAGUACAAACUGUUCAUCAGUGACACCCCUGCUUUAGCAGUCCAAUGCUAUAGCCGGUGCGUCCAAUGUAUACAGUUAUAAUCUAUUUACCGGGGAUGAAACGGCUAAAGCAGGCGAAGGCUAUAGCAGUUGUGACUUUAUGUAUGUAAUUAAUUAUUUUUAUCAGUGACGGUGCGCCUAUAGCAUUCCAUACAAAAAUUAAGUGUCAAAGAAGCAUUGCAAAAUCCGGUCGAGUGUCCGCGAAC